UUUUUGUAAUCGUAUAAAAUUAUAUUAAAAAAAGCGAUAAGUGUUUUUCGUCCAAAUGAAAUUAAUGGAAUGGAUGGUGGGACCAUAUUAUAAAUAGUGGGGUCCUGGUCCUAACGACUUUUAGUGUUGACGUGGGUUAAAGGGGAAGAGGGGAGGGAGGGCCCCAAGGCCAAACAGUUAACGUUGUAAAGCGCAAAGCCGCAGCAGCCCUAGCUGCUACUUCUGCUACUACGAUGUAGUUGGAGUUGAAAUUGUUGUUCUUAUUAGCAAAGGAAGGAGUAAGAACAGAAGAGAAGAGAAGAGCAAAGCAACAACGAACACAACAAAUUCCUUUUUACUUCUUUUUAUUCAUUACUUUAAAACUGCCAAAAACAAAAGUGUCAAAGCAGGAAAGACCCAUUUUUGGUUUCAACAUUGAUAGAAAGUUUGAUGAUAAAAAUGUUCUCUUGUGGCGGCUGUCGCAUCUCUCAUCAAAAUUUAGGAUUAGGGUUUUGCUCCGCCAGAAUCCUGCAGCUCUCUUCUUUCAUGGUUCAACCUCCCUCAUUCUCCUCCGCCUCCGCAAUUGUUAACAAUAAUUCUAAUCAUCGAUUCCAAUCCCUGUUUGUUUCUUCUUCUAGUCUUCAGUCCAAAUCCCCCGGCGACAUUCCUAUUCUCCCCGAUUUUUUCAGCCAACGUGAAGACGAGCGUGAGCAUCCUUCUGAAAUAUUGUCCUCGGUGGCAGGAGGCAUAGUUGCAUUGGGAAAGUUUGACGCUCUUCACAUCGGUCACCGAGAACUUGCAAUUCAAGCUUCUAAGGUUGGAACUCCAUAUCUUUUGUCAUUGGUAGGAAUGGCUGAAGUCCUUGGUUGGGAGCCUAGGCCUCCCAUUGUUGCCCAAUGUGAUCGUACGCGUGUUCUUUCCUCUUGGGCUCCAUAUUGUGGUAAUGUGGCUCCCAGGGAAUUCCAGCUACAAUUUAUGGGUGUUAGACAUCUUACACCUCGGCAGUUUGUGGAGAAGUUAGCAAAGGAGCUUGGAGUGUGCGGUGUUGUGGCAGGUGAUAACUAUCAGUUUGGCUAUAAAGCUGCUGGUGAUGCUUCAGAAUUGUUGAGGUUGUGUGAUGAGUUUGGUGUGGGUGCUUAUAUAAUAAAAUCUGUCAUGGACAGGCACCAAGAUGCCCGAAAUAUGAAUCGUUAUGAUUUAAAAGAGAGAGGACAAGUUUCGUCUACCCGUGUUCGACAUGCGCUAGCUGAAGGUGACAUGAAAUACGUUUCAGAGCUUCUAGGCCGCCAACAUCGUCUGUUAUUGGUGGUGAAAGACUGGGAAAGCUUAACUAGUACUAGCAGUAAACAUAGGGUGUCAGCUCCAAAAUCUUCUUUGCUAAAUCUGCCACCCAAAGAUGGUUUUUAUGAUAACUGUUCUCUUUUAUUUGGGAAACAAAACCCUGUAACAUGUAGAAUAUCUAUUGAUACAACACAUAUCCAUCUGGAGGCGGACUGGGUAGAUUUUGGUGAUUAUGAUUACUCUAAAACCUUUCAGGUCUUGGGUAUUGAAUUUGGUGAAUUAAGACUUGAUUUUGCUUAGUAUAUAUGUGUCAACUUUUUUAGUUUAUUUCAGGAAAGUAUUUCACGGGUGAAAACUUUCAUCCAUGUUUUAAAGCAGUUAGCAUAUAUACUUUCCAUAUGAGAGGGGCCUGGAUUUCUUUAUCAAUUAAAUUCUAUUUGUAUAUUGCACACGAAUAUAGGAUACCUAUCCCAUUCUUUAAGUUGGAAAUGAAUUAUGUUUUCCUCUCCCAUGAGCUGCUUUUAUUUUAAUGUAUUGGUUAGGUAGCUGGCUUAAAAAUAUACAUGAAUGAGUUUGUGUUGGCUUGAAGGAUUUUCAUUUAUCAGUGCAAUGCAAUAUAGGUGAGUGGGUGGACUCUUAUACUUUAUUGCUGGGGUUUGUUUCCUAAUGAAUGUUCUGCAUGCUUUCAGUUGACUGAUGGUUUGUCUGUCCUAGUACAUCUUUCUCUACAAUAGACUUGAAUAUUAAUUGCACUGAGGCUGGAAGGAAGGAAAAGCAAGUGCUUGGGUGGUCCAUAACUAUUCGGUAAAGCUUGGGAAACUAUAUAAGCUGUAGUUUACUUCUGCUCUUGAGAACUAUUCUUGUUUUCAUUUGUUAUAAGUUUUGGAAAGUUAGGGCUUAGAUCCAUGUUUUUCUUGAGGUAUGACAGAAAUUGCACCAUUUCUUUUUUAUUUUUUGGUGAGGCAUCUUCCAAGAACAUUAGUGAUGCCUCAUUUAUCUUUCUUGAAUAUUUUUUUUGGAAUAGAAGAAUGUGUUAUAUGGCAGCUCAUUAUUUGGUGAAGGUAUUAGAUUACGAACAAGUUGAGAAAAUAUGAUUUUUUUUUGCCACAAUAGAAUAUGAUUUAUGUAGAUUGGUAAUUGGCUUUAAAGUUCUUGGGCUUCAUCCCGUCACUUUGAUUAUAUCAUUUGAAAUUUGAUUGCUUUGGUUAUUGCUCAACAUAGGAGUAUUUGAAGAUUAAUAUACAAUUUCAGUUGAUUAGUUCUUUUGUUUAUGGUUUCUAGUUUAGAACAAUUAUGCAGUACUACCAUUGGUUGUUAAAUAGUGUUGGGCAUUUGUCAUGUAUUUGUUUGUUUAUGUUGCUGAUAGUUGGAAAGUUUGACAGCACGGAGUUGCUUCCAAAUUUGUUAUGGUGAAGAGCUUGGUGGAGUCAUCUUUUGCGCUUUAAGAGUAACUUUCUGAAAUCAAUACAUCUUCAUCUUGUAUGAAUUUUUUCAACUUGGGUUUCUUCUCUGGCUGAGUACAAUCAGUGCAUUGGGCUUUUCUUAUGCUUUAGUUUUUCUAUUUUAUUUUUAUGGAACUUUUCUGAGAGAAUUUAAGGCUUAAUAUCUGACUUCAGUCUUAAGAUUCCCUCCCCCCCGCUCAUGCUGCUGAAAGAACAGUUAUUAUGGCUUCAUAGGAAUCUAAGGAUAUCCAGAAUGAUAAUAUCUCGCUGAUUGGACGAAAGCUAUUCUCUGCAACUGGGUUCAGUGCAACUUCAUUCACGUGCAGCUGAUGACUUGAUAAUGUUUUUCUGCAACACGUCUGCAUAAGUUUUCUGCAUACAAGAUCGUCUUAUUAGUGCAGCUGCUGAUGGCGUGUUCCAAGGAAGACUAUGAAACUGUUUUGGAUAGCUUCUUCUGCAUAGUCAAUUGUGCAUGGAUCAGUGCUUACUAUAUUGUCCUUAUUGUUUGUGUCAAAUGCAUUUUUUCAAGCGUCAUUGCAACUGUACGUUGAGAAUUUGAUAUGUCCAUCCCUAGUGUGCAUGAUUACAUACAAGAAUUUGUUUCGGGUUUUGCUAUGCUAAGUGUUGUAUUGAUAUUGGUUAUGAAUAAAGCCUUAGUGCGAUCUUGUCUUUGUUUCAACACCCAUGUCCUUUGGUCUUCAGUUUGUCAUGUUUUACCCAGCUUAUCAUACAAGUGAAAGAAUUUCCUUUCAAUAUGUGGUUGAAUUUCUCGUUGAACUAUAACGAGCAAAAACAAAAACAAGAGAUGAAUCAAAAGCCUUAGAAAGGAAGUGGAUUCCAUUUCUGUUAAAACUAAAUUUGGACAAAAUGACAUUAAAGAAACGGGAAUGGCAUCCACUACAUAAAACCAAACUUUCGGAAGAGCAUAUCUUUGUCACAUAAUAGUUGGGGAGCAUAUCCACUUUGGAUAUCCUCGAAACCACUUCCCCUUACAAAUCAGGAAUCUUUGCCUUUGUUUUUACCUUUUUCCCUUGAAACGCAAAAUUUGCGUGAAUUUGCCUCCAGACAAAAUGUAGUGGAUAUCAGAUUCCCAUUUAGUUGGAUGAUACGUAGGGAUUGGAUCAAAUUCUAAAAAAAAAAAUUUAUAUGAUUCAUUUUCCAAUGAUUAGAUACUUCUUCCUUUUUUUCUCUUUCCUCAUUUCUCUUUUCUUCCUCUUCAAACAAAAAAUAAAUAAAAAAAUUCCUUUCCUUUUUCUUCUUAAUUUUUAACUAGAAAAUAAUUUUUUCUAAAAAAAAAUAUAGUGGUGGGCAUAUUAGGUUGAUUUAGUAAAUAACUGAUAAAUUAACAAUAUUUAGUAUAUAUGUAGCAAAUGAAUUGUUAGCGUGAAGUACAGGCAAUUCUAAGAAAACCCUGAAAGCAAACUCCCGUUAUUUAUUUUCC